AUGUCAGCAAUCUUUGACUCCUCCUCUCCCUACGGGGGAAGUAAUCAGUCCGCAGGACCAAGCUACGGAAAUCCCUCCAGCAAUUCAGGAGGACCUCCAUCUCUUCAGUUCUACUCUUCGGGUGGAGCGUCGUCGCAGGGAUUUGGAGCAGGAGGAGGCGAUCCUUCUGCAGGGGCCGGAAGCUACGCGCAGGGCGGGCCCGGCAGGAGUAGUCUGGAGGGCAACAUGAUGAGCUCUGGAUUUGGCAGCGCUGACAGAGCCAUGAUGAGCGCUCAGAUGGGUUUUUGGAGCGCAUUUGGUACGGGCGGAUACCCUGAUGAGCCGGGGUUGAUGGAGGGUGAGUGCGGGCUCAUUAGAUCUACUUGGCGUAGGCAAACAUCGUUCGGAGAAACAAGAGGAGGUGAUCCAAAGCUGAUUUGUCCAUUGCUACCGUCGCUGCCGCUCGCGACGAAUCCAUGCACCCCAGAGCUCGGCAUCAACUUCUCCCACAUCAUCGAUAGGAGCUUGACGGUCUUGAACCCGCUCCACUCUUACAGCGCAUCACAUCAAAAGGAUGCGCACAUGAUGGACGACGCGGAUCUGGCAGGGCCCCUGCUCUUUGCGUUUGCCUUCGCUAUGCUGCUCUUGCUAGUAAGUCAUGCCUUGGAUGUCCCCUGAGGUCGAUCAGCACAGGCACAGGCACUCACGCUGCAAGACCGCGCUUUCCUGCUGCCCAUCUUGGAUCAUUUUUCAUAGUCUGGCAAAUCGCAAUUUGGCUACAUCUAUGGUGUCGCUCUGUUGGGCGACAUCUCCAUCUACAUGCUACUCAACAUGAUGUCUGAGGAAGGCAUAGAUGCUUAUAGGGUAGCAUCCGUGCUGGGCUACUGUCUCUUGCCAUUGUGCAUAUUGAGCGCCAUCAGCAUCGUCAUUCGUCUCGAGUGAGUGUGCAGGCAACGAUGCCCUUCAUUUGACAGCCUUCCUCUUCCCCUCGCGGCCCUUCUGACUCUCCAAUCUUUUCACACACACGUGCCACACCAAAAGCUCCUUCUUGGGCUACAUUACAGCGCCGCUCUUCAUCCUCUGGAGCAGCAUCUCCGCCUCUGGCAUUUUUGUCAGCAUUCUCAGGCUGAGCGAGCAACGCUUCCUCAUCGCAUACCCCGUCGGACUGCUCUACUCCGUUUUUGCUCUCUUGAGCAUCUUCAAUUUUGGUCACUGA